UCACCCCUGCGCGUGCGUCGAGCGUCCGAACAGAAGGACCAAAACGUGUGUAAACAAAGCUCAACGUCACUCGUAUUUAACCCUGGAAAAUCCUGUUUAGUGUGACGAUACAUCAAAAUGCAUGCCAUUGAAGGAUCUGGGAAUGUCCCAGCGUUUUUGACAAAGCUCUGGAGACUUGUAGACGACGUGAAAACCAACGAUUUGAUAUGUUGGACACAGAAUGGACGAAGCUUCAUCAUUCGAAAUCAGGCCAGGUUUUCCCGUGAUCUUCUACCACAAUACUACAAGCACAACAACAUGGCAAGCUUUGUGAGACAACUGAACAUGUAUGGGUUUCACAAGGUGGUCUCGGCAGACUCUGGAGGCCUGAGAUUGGAGAGAGAUGAGAUGGAAUUUGCCCACCCACACUUUUUACGUGGCCAAGAAGCCCUCAUUGAGAACAUUAAGAGAAAGCAACAGCGCAGACUUGCAAGCGAUGGGGUCGAAUUUUCCCAGAUACCAACAAGCCGCACAGUGAUCUUGGAGGAAAACAAGAGUGUCAGCAAGCUGCUGAGUGAUGUGAGGGAUAUGAAGCGCGACCAAGAUUCUAUGAGUACAAAACUGUUAGGCCUUAAACGGGAAAAUGAAGCCCUGUGGAGAGAGUAUGCAAGUAUGAGACAAAAGUUUUCCAAGCAGCAGCAGAUCAUAGAGAAGCUCAUUCACUUCCUCAUUGCCAUGGUCAAAUCACCCUCAAAAACACUAGCACCCAAGAGAAAAUUUGGUCACCUUGCAUUAGAAGGUGGUGAAGAUGCUACAUCAGCCACAGCCAAGUUGAACAACCUCACCCAGUUUACCCAAGGAGCUGCAAUGGAUGUGGUUAGUGGAAGCACCAGUGGAAUAGGUGGUGCUCAGAUCCAUGAAGUUACAGAUGUGAUUGAUUCAGAAGACCCAGAGAUGAUUACCAACAUCUUCACUGUGUCUGAAGAAAACGAGUCAGGAGUCGAGCAAGUGCCGUUACUACAGACCACUACCUCGAGAGUGCCAGAGGAUUUGGCUGAAACCUUCGAAGAAAUCUGUGAAGACCCUCUAGAACCUGAAACAAUACUAAUGCUAAAGUCUGAUGCACUCCCAGUUUCAACGUCCACAGCAGUUCCAACUGUGGUGAGUCCUGGGGGAACCACCAUAACAGAAGCAAACACAGAAUUCCCUGAACUAAAUCUGGAUGAAGCACCACUCAGCCCAGAACUCCUAGAAACUGUUGACCCAAGUGCUGUAACCCAGUCAUUCAAAUAUGCCUCAAGCAAUUCAGCUGUCAGUUCCAGUGGCAGCAAUGGUGUGAUAGCCAAUCCUGGCACAAGCAGCAGAACUCAGGCCCCAUCCACAAGUACCCAGAUAGCUGUAACACAGAAGGGCAAAAAUAAGUCCAUGAAGAGACAGAAAACUCCUCCAAAGACCAAGCCUACCUUGAGUGUUGCAGUCCCAGAAAAGUCCUUGCAGAAGAAUGCAAAAGGAUCAACAAGUGGAGGACAGGAACUGCAGAACCAUGUUGAUGAUAUGCAGACCACCAUUGACUCACUGCAGGAUCUUCUUUCAUCAGGAACAUUCAAUGUUGAUCCAUCCAUGCUUCUUACGCAGGAUAUCUUCACUUCAGGGACUUGUAAUCUAGAUCCACUCACAGCUCUCACAAUGUUCAACACAGAUGAUAAUUACAUCCCAGAGCUGGAUGCAAUGGCUACAGCAAGUGGAACUGAGGUGUCUGUAUAUAAUCCUAGUCUGUUUGACCUGGCAAGUGAUAUCGAGGAAGACCCUCUCAGUUUCCUGAAUACCCCAUUGCCCACCAGCUCCACCUCCACAUCAGAGGUACCACCAGUGGCUUCGUCUAGUGCCAGUGCUGUCAAGCCUUCAACCAAAAGUGGCCCAACACCAGCAAAACAUCUUAGACUGAGCAUAAAAAAAGAGCUGGAUGACUAUGAUGAAUUAAAUACCCCACAGAUUAGCCCAUCCAACUCCACCAAGCCUGUAUUUAGAGGGAAGAAACGAGGUAAUUGAAUUACUUAGAAGUGAAUGCUUGGCUUGAAACAUGCCAGAUUCCUAUGUUUUCAAUAUAAUUUGCUUUCGAGGCCAUGUGUCAUGAUUUUUGAAGAAACUGACAUAUCUCAGUUUUUACAGACUUUCUUUAAAGGACCAGGAUUUUAGUUCAUGAUAGCAUUUAGUUUUCUUUUUUUUUUUCUUGGAAUUGUGAUACAAAUACAUAAGUGAUACCUAUUUAAAGUUUUUCUUUUCUUUUCGUUUUCUUUUUCUCUCUGUGAAGAUGAUUUCACAUAAAAGUGCAAAUGUAGAGAAAAGUAUGAAAAGAAAAAAGGAAUCACAGAUAUAUAUAUUUCCUCAAAAAAUUUAGUUUAGAAUUAUCUGUAGGUAGAGCUUAUUGAGUGACAUAUUCAGUCUAUAUAGGUAAUAAGCAUUUCCCUAGAGGUAUAUCUAGCUCUGUCAUACAGCUUCUAGAUUUUGGAAAAAUUGACUUGAGUAUGAAAAUGUGGGUCACUUGUAGCACAUAAGUACCUUUCUUUUUGGAUUGUAAUCUACUGAUGUGUUUAUAUAUAUAUAUAUAUAUAUAUAUAUAUAUAUAUAUAUAUAUAUAUAUAGAUAUAUAGAUAUAUAGAUAUAUAGAUAUAUAUAUAGAUAUAUAUACACACAUAAAUGAAUUGGUAUGAUUAUAAAGAGAAAGCUAUGAUCAUCUUCUUGGUUUAACAUUUUAUGGCAGUGCUAUAUUCAAAAGCUUUCAUUAUUAGUUAUUUUAUGAAAAGAUAAGCAUUUAAAAAACUGGGGUUUCAAAAUUUUGUGACUGUAAAGGUUUAUACCCUUGUUAAUAUCUUUGCAUGCUAAAGGGCUCUUAUACACCUAUAUGAUGCAUACAUGAUAGAUAAGUGCACAUACACAUGUAUGGUUUAUGUGAUAUACACAGAUAUGUGUAAAUUAAUAUUUGUACAAGAUUGUACAUAAAUAUAUUGAUCUCUGAGGCUUCUCCUUCUCUCUCUCUCUCUGUCUCUUUUUCUGUUUAAUCCCUCGGUGACAGUAUUAGAAAUCUCUCGGUGUCAUAGACUCUGGUGAUUUCUGGCAAAUGUCCAGCUGUUGGGAGUGGGAGUCCGCUACAUGUAGCGGAACUUCCCACUUGACGUGCUCUAGCGCAUCACCACACGUAUAGCCAUACCCAGCAGAUCAUGUGGUUUGCUAUGAUGGCUAUACAUGUGACCCAGCAGUAAUGGGUUAAUCACCUAUCUAUCUCUUUCUUUUCUCUCUCUAUAUCCAUUUUGUUGUGUCUCUUUCUUUUUUUUUUUUUCUCUGUCUUUCUUUCUUUCUCAUUCUCCCACCUUCCUUCCCUCUCCCUUUC